ACCUAGAGAAGAAUAAUUUUCAUGGUAAAAUACCAGAAAAUUUUGGUAAGAGUUGCACCUUACGCAGUUUUCGAAUCAGCGACAACCAAAUAGAAGGGUCACUGCCACGAUCUUUGGGUAAUUGCAAAGAGUUGAAGCUUCUCGACGUUGGAAACAACUAUUUGAAUGACACAUUCCCAAAUUGGUUAGGAAAUUUGGAUCAACUGCAAGUGCUUAUCUUGAGAUCGAAUAGAUUCUAUGGUGAAGUGGUUAGCUCAGGAGUUACAGUUUCCUUCACUCGUUUAUGUCUCAUUGAUAUUUCUCAUAACAACUUCAGUGGCUAUUUACCUAUGAAAUAUUUUGAAAAUUUGCAUGCCAUUAAAGAAGUGAAUGGAAAAAAGAUAAACCAGAGUAUAUGACAGAUGGAUCAGCAUUUGGAGUGUGGAAUUAUGCCAUCAACAUAUCUUUUACAAUAAAAGGGUUGGAAACAGAGUUUGAGCAACUGCUAACUAUAUGGACAGUUAUUGAUUUUUCCAGCAAUCAGUUCUACGGAGAAAUUCCUAAAACACUUGGAGAGCUUCACUCACUUAUUGUCCUGAACCUCUCUCAUAAUUGUUUAACAGGUCAUAUUCCAUCAUCAUUAGGUGAUAUGUCAGAGCUUGAAUCAUUAGAUCUCUCAUCAAACAAACUCCAUGGAAGAAUUCCAACAGAGUUGAAAAAUCUUAGGUUCUUAGCCGUGUUGAACUUUUCUAAGAAUAAUCUCAUGGGACCUAUUCCUCAAGGCAAGCAGUUUGAUACUUUCACUAAUGAUUCCUACUUAGGAAACCUGGGUUUAUGCGGAUUGCCAUUAUCAAAAAGCUGUGAUAGUGAUGAGGGAACUCCAGCUAAACCUGAUAGAGAUGAUGAUGAUGGAAUGAACUGGAAAUUUUCAAUAUUGAUGGGGUAUGGAUGUGGGUUGGUGCUGGGACUGACUACGGCAUACAUUGUAUUCAAACUGAAAGACCAUGGUGGUUCAUUAAGACCUACGAGAGAGUUCGACAAAGAUUUGCAAAAAAGUCACUUCAAGCACGUUAAAAGGGCACCAGAACGAGUGUUUCUGGACGGGUUUUUGCCUUUGAAGGAUUUUCUUUCCAAAGAAUGGCAUGGGGGUUUCACCGAAGAGAAAUGGAUGGUUAUCUUCAAGGAUAUCAGGGAUGGUGAUAUUUUAUGGCGAGCUUCGUGGAAUGUCUCUUCAGAUAUACUUUACAUAUGUGGAGAACGAUAUUGGAUUCCUUUUCCAGGUAUCUGGGGUUCUGUCGGGUAUGCACCUCUACUAGUUUCUAGACAGUAUGAGUCAAGACAAUUCAUUCUAGCCACACGGGACUUGUCAGGGUCAGAUUUUGCAUUCAAAGGAGAACAAUAUAAGGGUAAAGUCAAGGGGAUUGCUGAGGCAUGGAAACAAACUUGUCGUGUGAAUCUCUUCACUUAUGAUAUCGAGUUAUCUCAGGAGUACAAGCAAUAG